AUGACCCAAGAACAAGUGCCCACUGUCGCCCCUGUGGCUUCAUCGCCACCUCACGAUCCCUCGCAUGAGGAGCACCAAUACCUCAACUUGAUUCGUGAUAUCCUUGCCCAAGGAGAACAUAGACCAGACCGAACAGGCACAGGCACUCGCUCCCUAUUUGCCCCACCACAACUUCGAUUCUCCCUCUCAAAGCCCAAUCCCAAGGGCGGCGCCCCCAUCCCUGUUCUGCCCCUCCUGACCACAAAGCGAGUCUUCUUGCGCGCAGUCCUUGCCGAGCUCUUGUGGUUUAUCGCAGGUACCACAUCCUCAAUACCCCUCUCCGAAGCCGGCAUCAAGAUCUGGGAUGGAAAUGGCAGCCGCGAGUUCCUCGACAAGGUUGGUCUGGGUCACCGGGAAGAAGGUGACUUGGGACCCGUGUACGGGUUCCAGUGGCGGCAUUUCGGUGCCGAGUACGUCGACGCCGAGACCGAUUAUACAGGUCAAGGUGUUGACCAACUGAAGGAAGUUGUGAACAAGAUCAUGAACUCACCUUUUGAUCGCCGCAUCAUUAUGAGUGCCUGGAACCCUGCGGAUCUGGGCAAGAUGGCUCUCCCGCCCUGCCACAUGUUCGCGCAAUUCUAUGUCUCUUUCCCUCCCACAAUGAAGCUUGAUGAGAAUGGUCGCCCCAAUGAGAAGGGAUCUCUGUCUUGUCUUCUCUACCAGCGCUCUUGUGAUAUGGGUCUGGGUGUUCCCUUCAAUAUCGCUUCCUACGCUCUUCUUACCCAUAUUCUGGCCCAUGCGGCGGAUCUGAACCCUGGUACUCUUAUUCAUACUAUGGGUGAUGCCCAUGUCUACCUUGAUCACGUUGAUGCGCUGAACGAGCAGCUCACUCGUGAGCCUACUGAGUUCCCUGAGCUCCGCAUCAAGCGUGACGACCGUGGAAGUGCCGUGAUUGAUGGGUGGAAGGAGGAUGAGUUUGAGGUGAUUGGCUACAAACCUCACAAGAUUAUCAAGAUGAAGAUGAGCGUUUAA